CGAGCAUUCGGAACCUUGGUGAACGUCAUAAUUACGGGCAGGAAUCGCGUUCGCCGCCGAGUUAACCUGAAACAUGGUGCGCUUCAAAAACAGAUACAUCGUUUUCACAAUAAAGCCGUACGACGACAAGGACAAGCAGGCGACGUGGAAGAAUACACACGUGUCUAAUGCGAUUAAACGGAAGGUGCAACAAUUGUACGGCGACGUGGGGGUAGCAGCGAUAAAGGAUGGCUUUGAUGCGAAAUACUGCAACGUACAAACGAAAAUAGCGAUAGUCAGGCUCAGGCAUGGGCCUCACAAAUUCGCAUUGCACGCUAUCCCGCUAAUAAGCAAUGUAGGGGAGCGACUAGUCAAAACGAAGAUCCUCUACGUCGGAGCGACUCUGAAACACUGUUUUCUCUUCAUCAGAAAACAUCAGGAGAGGAAGCUGGAACGAUUGUGGUCCAAAUUGCCAACGGAAACCGACAGAAAACGGAUGGAGGACCUCCUGAUGACCUUGACGCCCGCUAUGAAAGACCUUGCGUAAAAAAAAUCAUCGUUACAGAUUAAUACAGAUAGUAAUUAAUUUACCGUUCACGUUUUAAGUUAAUAUUAAGUACAAAUAAAAGCGGAGUUUCUCAAUAACUUACGAAAACACGUUAAUCUCGUCUCGUGAUACGGUUUCACGACAUUUCUCGCAUAUCCUGGGGACGCAACGAGAUAAGCGACUUCAAAUAAACUCGCCCCUUUUUCAUA